AUGCCUCACAACGUUCUUCUAACCGGUGCCUCUGGCUACCUCGGCGGAGACCUCCUAGCAGGGAUCUCGGAAGCAAAUCUGCCACCUUUUGGAACCCUCUACGCUCUUGUUCGCACCCCCGAGCAAGCCAAAGCUGUUGAGCAACAUGGCGCAAAGCCUUUAACCUUUGACGUCAAGAAUGAGGUUUCUGUUCGUGGUGCAGUUGUGGAGAAUGACAUUACCAUCGUUUUCUUCUUGAUUAACGCUACCUCUGCUGUCUCUCAGGAGCUAUUUAUCAAGGCUCUUGGCGAAGUGAGAAAGAAUACUGGCUCUGAAGUUCACUUCUUGCACACCUCUGGUGCUAAGCUGUUCUCGAGUCACGCCGGCGCUCCUACAGAUGGCGCACUGCGUGAUGAUGACGCAAAUCUAUAUGACAUCCAGGCGACCCAGCGCGCAAAUGUUGAUGCGUUUAAACCAGUGGUUGGAGUUAACAAGAAAAUCAUUGACCUGGCUGAAGCCAACCAAGUCCGCAGCUACAUAUUUGUACCCUGCAUCGUUUAUGGCAAAGGUCGAGGCUUUGGCAAUCCGAUAUCUAUUCAGAUAGUGGCCAUUGUGAAGGUAGCCAAAGCAAUGCGGCGGGUGUAUCGAACGGAUCAAGGCCGUCCUACCUGGCCUGUGUGCCAUGUAGUUGACAAUACCAACCUAUACAUCGAGAUUCUCCGCGGGAUUCUAGAGAAUAAGGAUAUUGGUCAUGGAAAGGAAGGAUAUUACCUUGCAUCUUCGGGGAGUGUUGCUUGGGACGACAUCUACUCCCAAUUUGCAAAGGCCCUCGCUAAGCGGGGCCUGGUUGACGAUGACGCAGUCAAAGAUGCUGAUGAUGAGGCUUUGGACGGCAUGGCUACCGCUCUGAACUGCUCUAGGGAUUUUGUUGCCGUGCAGCUUGGGGGAAAAUGCACUUUUACUGCUGCUCAUGGGAACAAGAUUGGUUGGAAAGCUCAGUAUCAAUCGGAGCAUAUCCUUGAAACCGCGGAGGGCGAGGUGGACUGGAUUUUACAGCACUUGAAAGACUGA